CUGGUUUUUAUUUUCAGGACUUCAACUACUGAAAAUAAAUUGUACGACAAUGGAAAUGCAGAUUCCCAUGAAAAGGAGAUUUUGGAAUCAAAUCGUAAAUUUCUAGACGCAGAGAAUUUGCAUGAUGAGCCACAGCUACCUGUAUCGGAGGAUAACACCCUGACCGGUUCAGAUAUUGAAGAUCAAUCACCCAAUCAGAGCUGCAAUAGCAUAAAAUUAGUAUCGGUUUCCGGCGGUCAACUCUUCGUUUCGCCAGCGGAGGAGAAUAUGAUCUCGACGGUAAACCGAACCGAAAGCACGAAGGAACCGCAUUCAUCGCUAGUGUCGGUAUCGACGACCGAGUGCCAUUUGUCAGAGGAGGAAAUUCUUCAGAGACACUGCGAACAGGAAAAACAGGAAAAGCUACUUGCUGAGUGGAAAGAACUUGACAUGAUGGAAAAAAUGCUUCGUAUGGAGAUAGACGGCAAAGACCUUCGUAUCCGUGACUGCGACAAUAUGAUUAAAAAAUUUAAGGAUGAAACGCAGGAGAUGUCUGAACGUGCGCUUGUAUACGAAAGUGCCGGAAGGACUAUGGCAGCGUUAUGGAAUAACCUAACCAAGAUUUCUGCGCAGUAUGAACAGAACCAAGUGGUUUUGAAAGAGGCGGUAAGAAACGGCGAAAAAGUUUUGGAGAAGUCUCAAGACCGCUUUCGAAGGCUUAAAGAUUAUGUUACGGAGGUGAUUAAAAGCGCCCAUGAUGAAACGGAGAAAAUGAAACGGGAGAAAGAGGCUAAUAUUUUUGCGCUGAAAGCGAAGGUGAGGAAGAGUGAGUUAGAAAGCGACGCCUUAGAAAAAGAAAUCCAACAUUUGAGUUCGGGACUGCAAAAUUAUUUGCUCGGAUUUUCGGUGAGGGUCGUUGUUUCGACGGUCCUGCUGCCUCCAACGGUCAUCAAGACGCGUUUCGAAAGUGCAACGUACAGUUACCCGUCGGUCCUAGCUGCAGCUCGUGACAUUGUGAAAAAUGAGAAAGUUUGGGGCUUGUAUUCUGGCGGUCUACCGACGGUUUUGCGCGACGCACCUUACUCUGGCAUAUACUUGGCGUUUUAUCGUCUUCACUUGUCCUUGGUCCCGGAAGGCAUGUUCGCCGCCUGCUCGGCUAUCGCCUUCUUCGUCUGUGCCGCAUCAUCCAGCUUUCUUGCUUGUGUGUUGACCCAACCGCUAGACAUGGUCAAGACGCAGAUGCAGCUGUUGCCGUUGCAAAACAGAAGCUUUUUAUUGACGCUGCUGAGAAUCGCUAAGACGACAGGCGUGAUGUCACUGUUCGACGGCCUCGGACCACGGGUGCUGCGCAAAUGUCUUAUGACAGCGUCGAAUUGGACGAUCUUCGAAGAGGUAGACUCAAACUGCCCACUUCAGUUUGCAUAUAUCAUUUUUAAAAUUACUCAUUUCCAGGUGUCUUUGUUCCAUGAUAGAAAAACUUGACG